CGAGGCGAGCCCUUCGAAACCGAGGAACUGAAGCUCAACUGUCUUCGUCUUCAUCAAGCGCUCAGUUUUCCAGUCUUUUUAAUUUUACUUUCUAUUUUUUUCUUCUAAAUCACUUUGAUAUCUGAAAUUGCAUGUAUUGGUCAUAGCUUGUUCGGUUGGUACCGAGAGUUAUUUCUUGCUUGCUAGCGGCUGUGUAGUUGUAUCUCUGUAAUGGAAGAAUUCAGAAAAGCAAUACUACAGCCUGGGCCUCCUGAAAGCUUUGCGCUCCAGACUGUUCAAGAAUUUAUAAAACCUCAGAGGCAAACAAAAUUAGCCCAAGAUGAGAAUCAAUUGUUAGAAAAUAUGCUUCGGACUUUGCUUCAGGAGCUAGUGUCUUCUGCAGCGCAGUCAGGGGAGCAAAUAAUGCUGUAUGGGCAAUCAGUUGAUGAUGCGGAAAACUCUCAGGGUCAAAUUCCUCAUCUGUUAGAUGUUGUGUUGUAUCUUUGUGAGAGAGAACAUGUUGAGGGGGGUAUGGUAUUCCAGUUGUUGGAAGACUUGACAGAAAUGUCUACAAUGAGAAAUUGCAAAGAUGUUUUUGGUUAUAUUGAGAGUAAACAAGAUAUACUUGGGAAGCAAGAACUUUUUGCUCGUGGAAAACUUGUGAUGUUGAGAACCUGUAACCAACUUCUUCGUCGUCUUUCAAAGGCAAAUGAUGUCGUGUUCUGUGGACGAAUUCUAAUGUUUCUGGCACAUUUUUUUCCAUUAUCUGAACGUUCAGCUGUAAAUAUAAAAGGAGUUUUCAACACAUCAAAUGACACUAAAUAUGAGAAAGACCCGCCUGCUGGCAUCUCUAUCGAUUUCAACUUCUAUAAAACCUUAUGGAGUUUACAGGAAUUCUUUUGUAACCCUGUUUCUCUAACACUCGCUCCAACCAAGUGGCAUAAAUUUACUGCCACUUUAAUGGUUGUAUUGAAUACUUUUGAUGCUCAGCCCUUGAGUGAGGAGGAAGGAAAUGCUAACAACUUGGAGGAAGAGGCAGCAACUUUUAACAUAAAGUAUCUCACAAGCAGUAAACUAAUGGGCUUAGAGUUAAAAGAUCCAAGUUUUCGUCGCCACAUUCUUGUCCAGUGCCUGAUACUUUUCGACUAUCUUAAGGCUCCAGGAAAGAAUGACAAAGAUUUGACAUCUGAAAGCAUGAAAGAAGAAAUAAAAACUUGUGAGGAGCGUGUGAAGAAACUACUUGAAAUGACUCCACCUAAAGGAAAGGAUUUUCUUCACAUGGUCGAGCAUAUACUAGAACGUGAAAAGAAUUGGGUGUGGUGGAAACGUGACGGUUGCCCUGCAUUUGAAAAACAGCCAAUAGAGAAUAAAAUGGUCCAAGAUGGAGUUAAAAAACGUAAGCCAAGGUGGAGACUGGGGAAUAAAGAACUCUCUCAAUUAUGGAAGUGGGCAGAUCAGAAUCCGAAUGCUUUGACUGAUCCCCAGCGGGUUCGGACACCGUCCAUUACAGAAUAUUGGAAACCUUUGGCUGAAGAUAUGGAUCCAUCAGCUGGGAUAGAAGCUGAAUAUCAUCACAAAAAUAACCGGGUAUAUUGCUGGAAAGGUCUACGUUUUUCAGCUAGGCAGGACUUGGAUGGAUUUUCUAGAUUUACUGACCAUGGCAUCGAAGGAGUUGUUCCUCUAGAACUUCUGCCCCCUGAUGUCCGAUCCAAAUAUCAGGCCAAACCUAAUGAUAGGUCCAAACGUGCCAAAAAGGAGGAGGUGAAGGGUGCAUCAAAUCAAGCAGAAGAUAAUCAGAUUACGACACCUGCAAGUGUGCUUGAUGGUGAAGGAAUCAGAACUGAUGAAGCCUCAGCUACUCCAAUGGACACUGAUGCUAUGGCUACAACAGCCAGCACCCCUCAAGGCGGCACUCCAACGCCAGAAGAACAUCAAAAGCAAAGCCCAGAUACAGAUGGAGGUCAAGAAGCAGGCCAGUUAGAAGCAGACGGUGAAGGAGACGCUGCACUGAUAGAUGGGGAGACAGAUGCCGAAGUAGAUUUAGAAGCAGUCAGUUGAAAUUUGCCCCUCUUUUUUCUUCUUUUGAGGCAUAGUGUUAGGAAUUGCAGACUUGGUUUUUUAGCUGACAAGUAGUGAGAAAUGUGGAGAAAGAGAAGGAAAAGCAGCAGGAAUUAGAGAAUCAGAGAGAGACAGGAAAUAGACACUGAAAGAGAGAACAGAAAAUGCAUAGGAUCCAUUAAUUUGAUGAUGUAAUUUCUUAUAAAGUUGAUCCUUAUGUUGUCUCUGGCCCACAGGCCGGUGCUCAUGUUCUACCGUUGGUGACAUGAAAUGUAGAACGAUCAAGGAUAUAAAGCAAUUUGAUUUCUAAGGUAAAUUUUGGGUUAGCGAAUAUGAGCAAAGUUGAAAGAA